AUGUUACCACGUCGAAUAAUUAGAUAUGCUCUAUCGCCACAGACGAAAAUAUUAAUGGAUGAUCAGCAGCAUACUUAUCCGGUCGAAAUACUCUUCGAAGAACAAAUUACAUUGAGCGAUGGAUAUUCUAAACCACAUUCUGUUCUACUUCAAUUAACGUCAGAAUCAUUGAUUAUUCAACCUGUAGCGACGAUUCCGAAGUUACCAUUGAAUAAGCAAGAUGUUCAAACAACGACAAUACGAACAGUGACAAUUUCGCGACAUCCAGUUACACGUUCACUUGGGUUUUGGAUCAAAGGUGGAUCGGAUACUGGUUUUCCAAUUCUCAUUUCGCGUGUUCUUGAUGGUAGUGCGGAUCUACUAAAUAUUGGCGAUGCAAUUCUGAGUAUCAAUGAUGAAGAUAUCACUAAUUCAACUCACGAUCAAGUUAUCAAUCAAUUGCAUGAUACACCUGGUGGACAAGUGACUUUAACAGUGAAAUAUAUGAAAGAAAUGGCUACAUAUUUACAUUUAACGACAGAAAAAUCUCGUCCAUCUGUCCUACAUAGUAGUUUAACAUUACCAAGACGAUAUUUAAUUCGAGAUACUCAAGAACAGAAACGCCUGUCAGCAGAAUAUCCACUGGAAUAUCGAGAUGACACGAACCGACAGCGAUGGUCCUUAUUAUUACCUGAUCAAUCAAAAUCAAAAAAGAUUGGUAAUUAUGAGUUCGGCUAUGCGAAAACUCAAGAAUAUUCUCUUCUCUAUGCAUACGUAACUCAAUAUUUAAAUGGUACAGACAAAUUACGCACUAAUUCGUUUCAAGUACAUGCUCUCAAUGGGUCUCAAACUGGGAUUCUUAUUGCGAAUACCUUUCUUCAACAGAACAUGUGGAUUUCUCGUAUCAAUAUGGUUAUACGUAAUCUAACCACACGUAUUCUAUCUGAAAUGAACCAAACACUAUUAUCCAACGAACAGAUCUUCUAUACAACCUGGAUUCAUGAACGAGAUAUUAACCCACAUGAAAAUCUUCUUCCACAAUGGAAAGCGAUAUUUCUCGUGUUCAAAGGCAGUGACCUACAUAUCUUUGACGAGAACCAAUCUCCACCUUUACGCACAUAUGAUUUCAUUUGCUGUACGCGAGUCUAUCCACUCAUUGAAGUUUUUAUUGAAACUGUGUCAAUUAAAGAUUGUCUCGACGAUCGUCGCUAUUGUUUCACAUUGACAUUACUUAAUGACACGAAAAUCGAAUGUCGAUAUUUAAAUUUUGAACGUAAAAUCGAAUACGAUGAUUUUAUCUUAAAUUAUCAACGAUCGCUUUAUAUAUCAGUUUACUCGACACAAAAUCGAACAUUUGGUUGUCACUUCCAUGGGCAAAUCUGCCGAUUGAUCAUUGAUGUCAACAAAGGAUUCGAAAUGUAUAAUAAUCAAACGAAUAGUUUACUAUGGACAUAUUCAUUCGAACAACUUCAUGCCAGUUCCGAUAAUGGUCGAGAUGAAAUCUAUUUUCAAUUUAACCGACAUUCGAUUUUCGAUGACGACGAAAAUCGAAUUCACAUCGCUGUACAAUGUCAACAUUUGAAAAGACUCAUUCAUGUAAUUAAUUCGUUCUUAACUGUGAAGUUUCUCGGACAAAAAGAAGAUGUUAUUACCUAA